CUUCAUUAAGAAGCUCUGAAAAAUGUAACAUUCAUGAAGCCCCACCAACCCACUCACACUGUACUGUACAUUCACUAACCGACGAACGCAAAUUCAAUUCUCUCUCCCCCUCCUGCUCUGUCACCGUCUCUCUUCUCUCUUCUCAUUAUCUUCUAAGACACGGAAUUCAGAAAAUCAGAGUCACCUCUAGCAAUGAAGGAAAACGAUCUACCGGUACUGGUAAGGAAAGAGAGCUCUCGAUCCGCUGGGUUACCGGGUAAGAGUUUUUCGUACAAGUUCUGGGUCUUGUUCGCGGUUCUUCUCUUAGCUUUCUGGUCCAUGUUCACCGGCUCCGUCACUCUUAAAUGGUCCGCCGGUAACCUCUCGAGAUUCUCCGACGACUUCAGUUCUCCCAAUUACGACGAUCUUGACAUUCUGGAAGUGGAGGAGAGAGAGAAGGUCGUGAGGCUCAUGUGGGAUGUGUACACGCAGAGCAGAAACGGUAGAGUGGUGCCUCGAUUUUGGCAGGAGGCAUUUGAGGCUGCUUACGAGGAUUUGGUCAGUGAUGUUCCUGGGCUUAGAGACGCUGCUUUCUUGGAGAUUGCAAAGAUUUCUCUUUUCUCCAUCACUCUUGAUCCUCUCCCUGUUAAAUCUGCGGGGACCAGAGAACCGAGAAAGAUGGCUAAGCACACAGAAAAUAAAGGAGGUAAAACCACCUAAGAAAGAGAAAAAAGAGGACGUAAAAAAAAAAGAGGAUGCAACACCAGCAAAGACUGGGGAUCGGAUAGAGUCACAUGAUUAAUAUAGGUAGACAAGCUGGGUACUUAGUAUUAGUUACCUAUCCACCGUCAAUUACCGAAGUGUUUAUACGAGUUUUCUUUCCAAUAAACCCCCAAAAAAGAAUUGUGGGUUUUUAAUUAAUCUAUGUAAUAUGAAUGAUGGAUUACUUCUGCUAAUUGUUAGAGAAGAACUCUAGAAUUGUUCAGCGCUUUCCCCACUAAUGGGUUAAUGAUAUAUACGAUUACGAGUUUCUUUCCACUAAA